CUGGACUGUGAUACCAGCGACAGAUGUCGAGAGAACUGUGAGGGGGCUCCACUCCACUCCUCUCCUCGGUUGCAACAGCCUCCUCCUCCUCCUCCUCCACCUCCUCCUCCUCCUCUUUCCAGACUGCACCUCUGAGAGCAGGGGUGGAAUCUGCAGCUGUCACUCCAUUAUCACACAUCCAGCCCCGGAGCCUGGAGGAGAACAAGAAGAGAAAGAAGAAGUAGUGUGACUGAUAGCACAGGAAUACAGGAGACAUCAUGGGAGGAAAACUGAGCAGGAGGAAGAAGGGAUAUGACGUGACUGACCCAAAAGAAACGAAGGAUGAGGUCACAGCAGUAGCUGCUUCUGUAGAGGAAUCUGCUCAAGAGAAGGACGGAGUCCCACCUGCUGGGGCUGAGGCAGAGUUGACGGCUGAGGCAGACAAUGUGGUGAAGGAAACCGCAGCGUCAGCUGUGGCAGCAGUAACUGAGGCUGUAAAAGCUCCAGAAGAGCCUAAAUCUGCGCCUCCAGAAGAAACAGCUGCCGUAGCUCCAGAGGAGGCACUAAUUGCAGCAGCUGAGGAAGCAGCUCCACUCUCAACAAAAGAACCUGCAGCAACAUCUGAGGAAGCAGCUGCAGAUGAACCUCCUCCAGCAGCAGUAGAGAAAACAGCUCCAGUAUCAGAAGAACCUGCUGCUGCUCCAGUAUCAGAGGAGCCUGCUGUACCAGCAAAGGAGGAAGCUUCAGUAUCAGAAGAACCUGCUGCUGCUCCAGUAUCAGAGGAGCCUGCUGCACCAGCAAAGGAGGAAGCUUCAGUAUCAGAAGAACCUAUUGCUGCUCCAGUAUCAGAAGAACCUGCUGCACCAGCAAAGGAGGCACCUCCAGUAUCAGAAGAACCUGCUAUAGCUCCAGUAACAGAAGAACCUGUAACAGCAGCAGCCAAGGAAGCACCUACAGUUGCAGAUGAACCUCCUGCAGCAGCACUAGAGGAAGCCGCUCCAGUAUCAGAAGAACCUGCUGCACAAGAAAUAGAGGCAACUCCAGUUGCAGAAGAAUUAGUUUUGGAGAAAGAGGAAUCUGCACAAGUAGCAGCAGAACCAGUAACAUCGGAAGAUGCAGGCCCAGUAGUACCAGUCGUGGCAACAGAGGUGUCGGCCUCAGUGGUAGAAGACCAAGCAUCAGUACAGAGCUUUCCAGAGGCCACAGCAGAAGCAGAGGAACUCUCAGAAGAACCUGUGCAACAUGAAGCAGAAUCUGAGCUUGUAGUUGCAUCUGAGGAGCACCCUAUUGCAGCAGCUUCUCCAGAGACAGACGAUGUUCCUGCCAGCACAGAGGAGGCACCUGAGGAGCCAGAGCCCAUCUCUGUUAUUGAGCCUGAAGUAACUGUGGAAGAGACAGUGGUACCUGCUGUUGUCUGUGAACAUGAGCCAGUGGUUGAACCAACUGUAGAGCCAGUACAGGAACAAGCCCCAGAACCAGAGCAAACCCUUGAGCCAGAGCCAGAACAAAAACCAGUAGCAGAGCAGAUACAGCAGGUACCAGAGCCAGAGUUGGUGGAACCAUCUGAGCCAGAGCCCAAACAAGAGCAAGCCCCUCAACUAGAGGAAGUACCAGAGCCAAAACUAGAGCAAGAACCAGAGAAAGUACUAGAGCCAGAGCCUGAGCAAGAGGUUCCUGCAGAUGAACAAGUAGAAGAAGUUGAGCCGGAGCCAGUCAUAGCCGCAGCUGACACUGCUAAACAUGAGGCUGUGGAGGAAGAAGCCCCUAAGGCCUUGGAGACUGCAGUGGAGGAGGUCCCCACUGUUGAGCCAGAAGCAGCAGAAUCUGUCCCUGAGAUUAUCAUCUCAGAGUCUGUAUCCACCAACAACUUUACUGCUGAAGCUGAAGCUUCCGCCGAAGAGGUGCCUUGUCCAGAGCCCGCGGUUGAAAACAAGAUGGAAAAUGGAGAUUUAGAGAGUCCCUCUGCUGAAGUGGAUGUGGCAGAAGACGAUGCACACCCAGCUGUGAAUGGAGAGUGCACAGCUUCUGCUGUUACACAGACACCGGAAUGUGUGAAUGGUAGUGACAAGCUGGAGGAGAUGCCCAUUAAGGAGCAGAGUGACUUUGAACUGAAAAAGGACGUGAACGUGGGUGGGGGCGUCCAAGAAGUUCCCGAUGCAGUCUCCGACAUGGUGGAAGGCCUCGGCAAUGAGGUCACUCAGGCAGUCUGAAAAGACGCCACCUUUCAAAUCAAUGUGAAUACAGUUUAAUCCUCUGACGGUGUGAAAAAGCCACGAAGGGUAGGCUAGGCUUUUUUGAAGUGCUGUAACCACUGCAAGUUCAAUCGUGGUAACUCGGGCAAAGGGAUGUUUCCUUUGAGUAACCAAAAAUGAAAUGCAACCACUUUAGGAUAGAAAGAGAGAGCGAAAGAUGAGAGAGAGGGAGCAAUAGCAGAUGAGACUGAGGUGGAGAGAGUUUGGAAUUUGAAGUGUGAGUGCAGAGUAGACUGCGAAACAGCGGAGAGCAACGAUACAGGACAGUAAAUAUGUGAUACUAAUGAAUGAAAUGCGUAAAUCUGUCAGCGUGUGAGCUCAGCGAAUAUUACAAAGUGGUUUAUUGGAACAGCAUCCAUUAUGUUAUGUGAUUUUGACUUUCAUAUAUCCUUUCUAUUACCACAUGGAGAGAAAAGACAUGAACUGUUUUGGCCUUUUAUAACAAUGCUAACGUGUGAGGACUGUUCAUUUCAAACUGUUCAGAAUAGAGAAUAAACAGAGUUUGUUAUUCGCUCCA